UCUCCUGCAGAAAGUGGCCCAGGUACCUCUGCAGCAGAAUGGAGACUGAUUGCAAUCCUAUGGAGUUACCCAAUAAUAUGGGGUUUGAAGAGGAUUCUGAUUAUAGAGACUUCGAAGGAACAGAUGUGAAAGAUAUGAGACUAGAAGCCGAAGCUGUUGUGAAUGAUGUUCUGUUCGCUGUCAGCAACAUGUUUGUCUCAAAAACUCUUCCCUGUGCAGAGGAUGUGGCAUAUAUCAAUGUGGAAACCAGGGAAAGGAACAGAUACUGUCUGGAGCUCACCGAAGCAGGACUUAGGGUAGUAGCUUAUGAUUUUGAUCAGACUGAUGACAGAUUGCAAACUCCAUACCAUGAAACUGUCUACUCCUUAUUGGACUCUCUCAGCCCUGCAUAUCGAGAGGUGUUUGGAAAUGCAUUACUACAAAGACUAGAAGCUUUGAAGAAAGAUAGUCAGUCAUGAUUUACCCAGAAGCGAGGAAGGUUUAACGCUAGAAGGAAUUCUUAGUAUGAGGCACUGAGAUCUU